AUGCCUCUCACACGUCCAGCGCCAGUCAUGCUCAGCAUGAACACCCGUUCCGAUCCUGCACCCUUCAGCCCCUCCUUCCACCCCACCGUCACCUUCACCCUCACCGCCGGAGGUCUCCUCUCGCCCAAAAUCAAGUGCACCACCGACAACAAGAAGGACUCCUACACCUUCCAGUCUAAAUCAGACUCUAGCAACCGCAACAUGACCGUCAAGGACUACAAAAGCAACCAGGUCUGUAAGAUCAAGUCCAAGGGCGAGCACCUUCUCGACCUCUACCUCACGACAGACUCCAAGGACAUCAACGUCCAGUUCCGCGAUAUGGUCGCCUUCAAGAAGGCCGUCGAGAAGAAUGCCCUCCAGUACAAGCGGGUCAACACCCCUUACUCGUCCGACUUAGAGUACGACCGUCCCGAUCGGUUCCUGACCGACAUCUCGUCGUCGGGUAUUGGUAACACCUGCUGGGCCUUUGAGUUUGAAGGCCAGAUUUACCAGUGGACUGCCGGCAAUGGCCAGGGCAUCAUGGCUCCUCCUGGAUCGGAUGUUCUCCUGUGCCACUCGGCCAGCCUUGGACCAGCGACCAAGGUCGCCAAGCUCCAGAGCAGCCAUACUGGCGCCUCUGACAAGCUGAUUAUCUUUGCGGCUGCGACUGCCCAUGUACUUGACAAGUCGGGUCUCCAGAUCCUCCUUCUGGCUAGUGUACUGAGUCUUACCGAGAUUAUGAACGAGAGGAGCCGGGAGCUGAUCGAUUUUGAUUGA